AUGGCCAGCCCCAAGGACGCCAACAAGGCCAUAGCCGACACCCUCCCGGCCUCGGUGGCUGACAAGCUGCCUCACAUCCCAGAGACCAAGGACGAGCUCAAGGCCGACGCCAAGGCCGCCGCCAACAGCCUGGGCUCGCAGCUGCGCUCCUUCGCGGCGGGCGGCUUCGGCGGCGUGUGCGCCGUCGUCGUCGGCCACCCGUUCGACCUGGUGAAAGUCCGCCUCCAGACCGCCGAGAAGGGCGUCUACUCGAGCGCCGUCGAUGUCGUCAGGAAGAGCAUCGCCCGCGACGGCCUGCGGAGGGGCCUGUACGCGGGCGUCAGCGCGCCGCUUGUUGGUGUCACGCCCAUGUUCGCCGUCUCCUUCUGGGGCUACGACGUCGGCAAGCAGAUCGUCACCUCCAUAAAGCCCCCCGGCCCCGACGGGCAGCUGAGCAUCGGCCAGAUCAGCGCGGCCGGCUUCCUCAGCGCGAUCCCCAUGACGGCCAUCACGGCGCCCUUUGAGCGCGUCAAGGUCAUCCUGCAGGUGCAAGGCUCGCGGCUCAAGCCCGGCGAGGAGCCCAAGUACAAGGGCGGCACCGACGUCGUGCGCCAGCUCUACAAGGAAGGGGGAGUGCGCAGCGUCUUCCGCGGGUCCGCGGCCACCCUCGCCCGCGACGGUCCCGGUUCCGCCGCCUACUUUGCCGCCUACGAGUACAUCAAGCGCAAGCUCACCCCGCGCGACCCCGUCACGGGAAAGCCCACGGGCGACCUCUCCCUCACCGCCAUCACCUGCGCGGGCGGCGCCGCGGGCAUCGCCAUGUGGAUCCCCGUCUUCCCCGUCGACACGGUCAAGAGCAGGCUGCAGACCGCCGAGGGCAACGUCACGGUCGGCGGCAUCAUCCGCGAGCUCUACGGCAAGGGCGGCGUCAAGGCCUUCUUCCCGGGCUUCGGCCCGGCACUGGCGCGCGCCGUGCCCGCCAACGCGGCCACCUUCUUGGGCGUCGAGCUCGCGCACCAGGCCAUGCGCAAGACGUUUGGCUGA